GAGCGCUGCGAUGACUGGGGGGUGGACACCAUGAAGCAGAUCCAGAUUUAUGAUGGAGAACCUGCCAAGAUCAAAUGCCCACUUUUCGAGACCUUCUUGAAGUACAACUACAGCACAGCCCAUUCUGCUGGCCUAACCCUGAUCUGGUACAGGAUUGGGCAGGAUCGGGAUCUGGAGGAGCCCAUUAAUUUCCGUCUCCCGGACAAUCACAUCAGCAAGGAGAAGGACACCCUUUGGUUCUGGCCAGCUCUUCUCAAUGACACUGGGAAUUAUACGUGCAUGCUCAGAAAUACAACCUACUGCAGCAAAGUUGCGUUUCCCUUGGAGGUUGUUCCAAAAGACCAACAUUCUUGUGUGAGCCAUUCAGUAAAACCCACUGAACAGAUGUUCUACUUGGAGGACACCAGUGAGAUCAUAUGUCCAGAUAUUGAUGGGUUUUACCCUGCUAGCAUAACACCAACUGUCCAGUGGUACUUGAACUGCAACUUGGUGGAUGGCUUCUAUGAGCGAUACGUCCAUGGGCCCAGGCUUGUCAUUGGCAUUGUCCGCAGUGUGUACAGAGGGAAUUACACCUGUAUUGUGACUUUUAAGGACCGUGGAAGAACCUAUACUCUCACCAGAACCAUAAAUAUGAAGGUGGUGGGAUCUCCAAACAAGGCCUUGCCACCACAAUUCGUCUCACCAAAUGAGAAAGUUGUCUAUGAACUGGAAGCAGGAGACGACCUUGUUCUGUCCUGUGAGGUCUUCUUUACCUUCUUGAAGGACUCCCGAACUGAGGUGUGGUGGACCAUAGAUGGGAAAAACACAGAUGACAUCAUGGACCCCAAGAUAAAAGUAACACAAAGUGAAAUUACUAGAGAUUUUGAAGACAAAACUGUCAUAAGGACUUUAACAGUUGCAAAAGCCACACCAGAGGACUUGAAACGGAAUUAUACUUGCUAUGCUAGAAAUGCCAAAGGCGAGGACCAUAGCCAGGCCAUGGUGCGCAUGAAAGUUGUAGCACCGAAAUACACCGUGGAGCUGGCCUGUGGACUGGGGGCAACCAUCCUGCUCGUUGUGGUGUUGAUAGUCAUCUAUCAUGUUUAUUGGCUUGAAAUGGUCCUCUUCUAUCGGGCUCAUUUUGGAACAGAUGAAACCAUUCUAGACGGGAAGGAGUACGACGUGUACGUGUCCUACGCACGCAACGCAGAGGAGGAGGAGUUUGUGCUGCUGACCUUGCGAGGAGUCCUGGAGAAUGAGUUUGGGUACAAGCUGUGUAUCUUCGACAGAGACAGCCUCCCUGGGGGAAUUGUCACAGACGAAACCCUGAGCUUCAUCCAGAAAAGCCGACGUCUGCUUGUUGUCCUGAGCCCCAACUACGUCUUGCAGGGGACACAGGCCCUGCUGGAGCUCAAGGCUGGUCUAGAGAAUAUGGCCUCCAAGGGCAACAUCAAAGUCAUUCUAGUGCAGUACAAAGCCAUCAAGAAGAGCAAAGUGAAGGAGCUGAAGCAGGCCAAGGCGGCCUUGACUGUCAUUAAAUGGAAAGGCGAGAAAUCCGAAUUCCCAAAGGGCAGAUUCUGGAAGCAGUUGAAAGUGGAAAUGCCAGUGAAAAAAAAUAGCAGGAGUGUGAGCCUUGAUGGGCUCAUACGUAUCCCUGAAAAAUGUUUUACACCAUCAGAAAACAAAACAAAUCAAACUGCAAAAUUCCACAAGCUAGGCCAGGAAGUGGGAAGGAACUCAGGAUUUUUGCCUUGA